AUGGCGUCGGUCACAUGUCGUGGCGAUCUUCACAUGGAUAAAUUGGGUCCCUUGAACAUCAUCACCAAAAUACAACCAACUGUCGAAAUCUCCGAGAGAUGCGUCGACUCAGGCUUGUCUCAGCCGUCUUCGCCUGAGAUGGACACUCCAAAAAUCAAGAGGAUCGACCCGCCUAGUUACAGUCCAGAGUCACCCACGCACGCGGGGCCUCGUGCUUCCUCUGUGGCCAACUCGGCUCAGCAUUCUCGGUCUGCAUCUCGCAGCACGGCAAGGUCAAGACCGCCGAGUCGACAUAGUUCAUUUCAUUCGACCAGACGGCCGGUUGUCACGGCUAGUAUCGUCCCCGUUCCACCGCCAAGGACUACCGCGCAUGAGAGAAGAGAGUCGCUGUUGGCUUUACACCGAGAGUCAUGCCGUCUCUUCGAGGAGCAAGAAUCGGCAGAUAAUAUACGACCUACUCUGCAGCGGGCCCUCUCAACGACCUACCGCACCAGACGAGAGAGUCACACUUCAUCCGAUAUAGGCUAUUCAGCACCGCCCUCCCCGAUCGCUUCAUCCCAAUCUAGUCGUCGGGACUACGAAUACCGCGAGUCACUAGGCUCAGCCGCUGCGUCUCCUCCAUUUUACCUAAGAGACCGCUCCAACACCCUUCCCAGCGGCACUUCCAUGAUGGAGUGGACAUCAGACACCACCCGGCGACGCGAGUACGAGAAGAUUGACCGCUCUACCCGUGGUGUCCGGGGACUCUGGCGCCGGGUCGCCCCACGCUGGUGCCACCGCGACUCGCGAGUGCCGUUCUUCGAGGAAGGGAAGACAGGUCGCGAAGGCAGCGUCCGUCGGUUCAGAAUGGACUUGCCAGACGAGGAAUCCAAGUCAGAGCGAGAUCAAUCCCAAGCACAGUUCCUUGAUCUCCACAAGAACUCAGACGGAUAUGCACUUCGACGCUGGGCAUAUCGUCGAUCGAAAAACUACUCCCAACUAGCACUCUCUCCAUCUAUACAUCGCAAUCUAAAAAUGACACCAUCAUCCGACAUCAGACACGACUAA